UUAACAGACAAAACAAUAAACUAAUACUAAAUAAUCAAAACGUAAAACACAUUCACAUUAAUAGUCAAACAAACAGUCGAUUCAAUCAAUCGAUUCAUUCAAUUGUCUUAUUGUUUGUGUUUUUUUCAAUUCAUUUGAUUAUUACCACCAAAAACAACAACAAACAACUCGUUGUGAAUCAAUCCAUUACUAUCACCAGAGAAGCGAUGCCCAACAUUAAGCUCCAGAGUUCCGACGGCGAAGUUUUUGAUGUGGACGUCGAGAUCGCCAAGUUAUCGGUUACCAUCAAAACAAUGCUCGAAGAUCUGGGUAUGGACGAUGAAGAUGAGGAAGUGGUACCGUUGCCCAAUGUCAAUUCAACUAUACUGAAAAAGGUGAUCCAAUGGGCAACCUAUCACAAAGAUGAUCCGCCGUCGCCCGAUGAUGACGAAAACAAAGAGAAACGUACCGAUGAUAUAUCGUCGUGGGAUGCCGACUUCUUGAAAGUUGACCAGGGUACACUGUUUGAGCUGAUCCUGGCGGCCAACUAUUUGGAUAUCAAAGGCCUACUGGACGUUACCUGCAAGACAGUGGCCAAUAUGAUCAAAGGCAAGACACCUGAGGAGAUUCGCAAGACAUUCAACAUCAAGAAUGACUUCAAUCCGGCCGAAGAAGAACAGGUGCGCAAAGAGAACGAAUGGUGCGAAGAGAAGUGACUGCGAUUGUGAAUCAGUUGUGAUUAUACUGUCGUGUCGUCACCGCUGCUAUUGAUGGUGUCCUCUAUUUUUCUCUCUUUCUUUUAUUAUUAUUAUUAUCACCCGUUCCUUACCAUUGCUUUCUUAUAAUAUACUAAUUAAAUAUAUAUCUAUAUUAUUAUUAUUAUCUAAUCUUAUAGUUUUCUAAUCAGAUCACACAAACUACUUGUCUAUUAGUUGACACCAUUUUCAACAAAUGAUUGUUUUUUUUUCAAUAAUUUUUUUCUUGUCUUAAAAUUUGUUUUUUGUUUUUUCUUAAUUUUAAAUUAUUAUUAUUAUCAUUUGAAUUGUUUUUCCGCCCCCCAAUCAAUUGGGUUACA